GUGCGGCGAGGCAGUUGGGCUGGGGCGCCGCUGCAUGUACUCUUUAAUCUCUACCACCUUCCUCUACCACAGCAUGGAUGAGGAUGAUUUUGGUGCUGAUGUCGAUGACGACCCUUUCCCAAAUUUGAAAGAAAUUUUGUAUCUUGCUGACACACUUGCUCGAGAUAUGAUUAAAACUAAAAUAAAUAUUUUUGAAGAGCAGCUAAAACAGCUGGAUAGGGCUCAUUCUGAUGCCAGUAAAGAGCUCGAGGCAUCCAUGGAGUCCUUUUUUCAGAAGAUGAAGAUAUGGGAAUCGGACUUUAAAAAGGAAAUUAAUGCACACUUCCAUGAACAAAUGCAUGAAUUGAAGGAAAAAUUGCUAGACAUAAAGAAGCUAGAAGGAUUACUGACAAAGAGAGUUCUAGAUACAAAGGUGGCAUUAGCAGCAAGCUCAGAAUCUCAAGCUGAAGAUAUGGUGCACCUGUAUACUAAGGGAUAUCACUUGUCAAACAUUAUUGUUGACAUUAUUAAGGUAAGACUGAAAGGUAUACAAAGCAUAAGGUUCAAAGAAAAUAUAUUUGAGCGCCAUCACCUUGGUGUAAUUCAGUCUUGUAUUCUUGAAGAAGGAACUGAAGCAGACAUGCUAAACUCCCUCAAAGGUUGUUGUUCUGGAUUUAACCAAAAUAAGUUUGAGAAGGACCACCAGGGUACGCCCAAGAAAUUUGAUUUUGAGGUAGAGGAGGUUAAAAUAGAACAGAAGGAGCCUGGCUUCAAGAACAUGGAUUUGAACAAAGGUAUAAUGGAGCAGUUAUCUGGACCUUCGGUCAGUGACCAGGUUGAAGAGUUGAAAUCCUUGUCUUCAUCUCAGUUGUCUAAUAAAGAAAGUCCAAAAGACACGGUGAAGUGCAUUGGCAUGAGGAAACUACUGACGAGCCAUCUUCCUCUGAGACGACCACAAUGUGCACCAAACAUUGAAAGUGAAGCACAAGUUUGCUAUAAGGAAAACAAUUGCCAGAAGAUGACACUUUCUAGUGAUGGACAAACUAAACAAAAUAAGAACUUGACCAAUAAAGGUAGCACAAAACCUUUGACACAGCCACGCGUGUCAAAGAACCACGCUCCACUGCUCCCCAUAGGAGUAAACAGAGUGGCCACCCUCCACAAGACAGAAACUCGGCACGAAAUACCUGCACCAAAGAUGCACGUUACCAAUGAAGAAAGAAAAUCGUCCGAUACCGACCAACAGAUGGAACGUUUUGGACUCGAGUUAGAAAGUUCUCACACUGUAGAAUCCAACAAGAGUCUAAUAUACAAAGAUGCUUCAAGCAUUUAUAAAACAUGCAAGUCUGUUUCCUCACAUUCCCAGCUGUGCUACCCUGACACCCCAAUAAGCCAUAUGUUUAUACCAGGAAUAUGUAAGCAUGUUGGUGAAUCUAAUUCAGUUAAGAUAAGUCAUCAAGGGAUCACUUCAAUUUUAAACAAAAUUAGCAAGAAUUGUGAAUUGAUGACUCCGGUUACACCCAGGAAGAAAUGCACAAGUGAUGUGUUUGUGGCCAGCCCUUACUUGGAUACCCAUACAUACUACAGAAAGGCUAAAUUGGUUUUUAAAACUUCCCUCCCACAAUCAAGCCUCAACAAGCCUAUUGGUGUUGUUCAACUCUCCAGUCUAGAGAUUGUGAUUGCCGACACCUUCAAUCAUAGGAUGGUAAUGUUUGAUGAGCAUGGGGAAUUCAUCAAAACGUUUAACGUUGAUGGUGGCCUCGACUCACCAUCAGCAGUAGUCCAACUUAGAGAUGGCCGUAUUGCUGUGAAAGACAACAUCUGUAUAUACUUAUUUGACACUGAUGGAAAUUUUUUCUCUACAAUUGGAAAGCAAUACAUGCGGCGGCCAUAUGGUCUUGCAGUGGAUGAUGAGGGUAAUCUCUUGACUUUUGAAGCACAUUCUCAAGGCUUUAUAGUACUCCUGACGAUAUGCCCACAAAAGGGGAUUAUAACUUCCAAAGUAAAGGUCCACUUAAAUAUUGACCCUCUGCGUUUGGCAUUCAGCAAGCCUCGCUUUAUGACGUGGUAUAAGAAAGACAAAGUAUUGGUUGUAGAUUUAGGGCUAAACCGCGUGUAUGUAAUUAACUUCAAAAGUGGAAUGGUACUUUACGAGUUUGGACAAAAUGGCUGUGGUGAUGGACAGUUUUCAGAUCCUGCCGGAAUAUCCUGUGAUUCACUAGGGAAUGUAUACAUAGCAGACAGCAAGAAUCAUAGAAUACAGGUAUUUGAUUCAAGUUUGAACUUCACUUGUGUUCUGCUCACUGACAGUAAACUGGUACGACCAUCGGGUAUCUUCAUCUCGCCUAAUGAUGAUCUCUUUGUUAUCAACUAUCGGGAAGACUCCAUUGCAAAGUUUAGCCUCACCUCUAAGGCAUCUGGCAGGAUGCAAUCUGUUGACAUGUGAUCUUUGGUAUAAAGUGGGACCAUAGAAUCAAUGGUUCCUGGAAAGAAGCUGAUAAUGUAAGGUUCCUCAACCAUAGGUAUGCAUAAGUAUUUAGUGCAAACUUCAGACAUGUACAGUACUAUAAAAACAUUCCACUGGCAAGAGUAUUAAUUAGCAAGAAAUUUUACUUUCAAAGUUGAUUCAGUUCAAUAAAUAUAUUUUUGUUAGAUUAUAUAGUUAGAGAUGGCAGUAUAUUUUUGUAUCAAACCAUUAUCUUUCCACUUAGAGCUUUAUCACUUUGUGUAAAGUUGUAAAUAACAAAUGCAUUCAAUAAAUUUGUCCAUGCA